AUGACACACGACCGCGUCGAAGCACCCGUCACGCUUCGAGGAUAUCUCCUCUGCGUCUUCGCAGCCUUUGGUGGCAUUCUGUUCGGUUAUGACUCCGGGUAUAUCAAUGGAGUGCUUGGGAUGUCGUUCUUCAAGCAGCAGUUUGGGAGCCCUUCACACGACAAAGAUGCAUACAACAAUCUCCUCUACAAGACAUGGGAGAAGUCUCUUAUUGUCUCCAUUCUCUCCACUGGUACCUUCUUUGGCGCACUGGCUGCAGGCUCUGUGGCUGACUGGAUUGGCCGUCGCUCUACUGUCAUUGUGGGAUGUGCCAUCUUUUCCGUCGGAGUCAUAUUCCAAGUCGCUUCUACUACCGUCGCUCUGCUCGUUCCUGGUCGCUUGAUUGCCGGCUUUGGUAUCGGAUUUGUCUCUGCCAUCAUCAUCCUAUACAUGUCGGAGGUGGCCCCGAAGCGCUUCCGCGGCGCCAUUGUAUCUGGAUACCAGUUCUGCAUCACAAUCGGCUUACUUCUUGCAUCGGUUAUGGAUAACGCGACCAAGGAUCGUAUGGACUCGGGCUCUUACCGAAUCCCCAUGGCUCUUCAGUGGCUGUUUGCUUGUGUCUUGGGUACCGGGCUUUUCUUGCUUCCUGAGUCGCCUCGCUGGUACGUCAAGAAAGGUCGUACCCAGGAUGCUGCACGUGCUCUUGGAACUCUCCGUGGACAACAUUUCGAAUUAAGGUACAUCAUUGAUGAGCUUAAAGAGCUAACUGACAAUCACGACUAUGAAAUGCGUAAUAUGCGCGCAGGCUGGGCUGAUUGCUUUCAUGGCGGAUGGAAGCCGUCUAGCAAUCUCCGUCGCGUCGUGUUGGGAAUGGCGCUUCAGAUGAUGCAGCAGUGGACUGGCGUCAAUUUCAUCUUCUACUACGGGUCGACCUUCUUCAAGACCGUCGGACUCGAGAACGCUUUCCUCAUCUCCAUGAUCACCACUGCAGUCAACGUCGGAUCUACCCCUCUCUCCUUCUGGACUAUCGAGAAAUUUGGCCGCCGCAUGCUUCUCAUCUCUGGUGCCAUUGGAAUGCUCGUCUGCGAGUUCGUCAUUGCCAUUGUCGGCACAGUCGAUGAAGGCAGCAAGGCUGCUGGAAUAUGUCUGAUCGUCUUCACCUGUUUCUACAUCUUCUUCUUCGCGUCAACCUGGGGACCAGCAGCCUGGGUAGUCAUUGGAGAAAUUUUUCCUCUGCCCAUUCGUGCCAAGGGCGUUGCUCUCUCUACGGCUAGCAACUGGUUCUGGAACUUCAUCAUCGGCUUCAUUACUCCCUACAUGGUCGAUGAGAAUUACGGAAAUCUUAAGGCAAAUGUUUUCUUCGUUUGGGGUGCCACGUGUACUGCCUGCGUUGUUUUUGCCUAUUUCCUUGUACCCGAGACAAAAGGUCUCUCUCUUGAGCAAGUUGAUCGCAUGCUCGAGGAGACUACACCGCGUACUUCGUCCAAAUGGGUUCCUCAUCAUCUACGUGGAGGCUAUGCAAACGGAUCCUCCCGGGACACGACCGAGAAGAUGGCCCAUCAAGGUCCACAUGAGCAGGGUGAGCAAAAGGGUGUUUGA